AUGUCCACCACAGUCGGCAAGACCCGUCUUGCCUACUCGCGAACAUGGCACUAUGUCGACGCCGGCUCCGACGAACGAUCGCUCGGGCGCCUCGCCUCCUCAAUCGCCCUGGUCCUGAUGGGCAAGAAUAAGCCCAUCUAUGAUCCUUCGACAGACUGCGGCGACUACGUGGUGGUUGUGGGGUGCAACGACCUGCAUACGACGGGGAAGAAGCGGCUGCAGAAGCAGUAUUACACGCACACGACGCGGCCCGGGAGCUUGAAGAGCAUGUCAAUGGACCAGAUGUUUGCCAAAUGGGGUGGCGGGGAGGUAUUACGCCGGGCAGUGAAGGGGAUGUUACCCAAGAACCGGCUGCAGAAGCCACGGCUGGCGCGUCUGAAGACGUUCGAAGGCCUUGCCCAUCCUUACAAGGAGAAUAUUGUCAAGUUCGGUAACGAGUCUGUGCUAGGGCACACGCCGGAGUUCCAGAAGGCGUUCCAGUCCGCGCGCGAGUCUUCAUGA